AACGCGAAACAGGAGACAUUUUGACGUUGUGACGGGAAGAUCUCCUAUUAUUGAAAUACUUUUACAGAGACGGAAACAUAUUAAUGAGGAGUUAGUUGGAUGUGUCGACGCGCCGUAAUGAGGUACUCUUCCUCGGGGUAGAUAUCACAUCCACUAUAUUAUAUAUAUAUAUAUUUUUUCUAUAUAUAUGUAUGUGUAUAUAUAUAUAUAUAUAUAUAUAUAUAUAGAAACAUAUAUCAAUGGCGACAUUAUUUCCUUUUGCUCAGACAACAAUGUGCUAACAAGUGUAUUGUAAACACAGCUCCCACAUGUCAUGAAAAUAAGUAUGGACGAGUGGAGCUUAGUCGUUUCACCAGAUAAUGACCCUUCAAGCUCCGAGGGGGAAUACAUAGUCGAACCAGGUCCCGAACAUGAAACAAGGGAGGCGGAGGAAGGGGCGCAUCCGGGCUGUGUGGAGCGAAUGGACGACGGGGCCACCAAUGUCGGAUUUGGAUUAAAUGGGAUUGGAGAAAGCAAAGUGUUGUUGGGGCGAGUCGGACAGAGAGACGACAAAGAACUUCGGUACUUGCACUUAUUAUGGGAACCGGGACGAGCAGAGAUUGGACCUGGUGGUGUGACCAACAAACUGGGAAAGAUGACCGGGAGCAGGGCCAGGCGUUUUCAAAGAGCCUCAUGGAACCCCAUUGGUAAAGAUGUGUAUGCUGUAAAAAGACUGAGGGACGCCGCAAACAGUAAUGACAUUGACACAGUUCGUAAGCUCCUGCAGGAUGACAUAGACCCAUGUGCAGCAGAUGACAAGGGAAGGACGGCCUUACAUUUUUCUUCCUGCAAUGGCAAUGAAAGCAUCGUGCAAUUACUGCUGAGCUACGGCGCUGACCCCAACCAACGUGACAGUCUGGGUAAUACACCACUCCAUCUGGCGGCCUGUACAAACCACGUGCCUGUAAUCACCACAUUGCUAAGAGGAGGAUCCCGUGUGGACGCCCUUGACCGGGCUGGCCGGACCCCUCUACACCUUGCACGUUCCAAACUUAACAUUCUGCAGGAAGGUGAUUCUCGUAGCUUAGAAACCCUGAGAGGAGAAGUCACACAGAUUAUUCAAAUGCUGAGGGAGUAUCUAAACCUAAUGGGCCAAAGUGAAGCUAAAGAGAGACUGGAGCACAUUUCCUCCCAGCUGCAACACACACGAACCAAAGAGCAAGUGGAUGAGGUGACUGAUUUACUGGCCAGCUUUACUUCACUCAGCCUUCAGAAACAGAAUUUGGGAGAUAGGUAGAAGAUUAAGAAACUUGAGUCCUGCUCCCUUGAUAAAGCAAGCCUCAGCUCCUCCAGCCUGAACACUGAUUUAUACCUCUGUUCGUAAUCUGGACUAGAAUUUCAGAUACAGUACCACUGUAAUGAAUGUCAGUCAGAGUUCCUCUAAUUCUAGAAAUUUGUCUUCUUUCAACAAAUUAUUUCAUCAAAGUAGGGACAGUUUUUGUAGUGUACAAUUAAAGUAAUUUUUUCCCCCAAAUGACUCAAGUCUGUGAAAAUAAGGGAGAAGGUUGUAGGUUAAAGAAUAUGAAGACCUAUGAAAAUCAUGUAUGAAAUGGAAAACUUCAGAAAUGAAUGUGUACAACCUCAUCAUGCUAUCAAAAUAUUUUCCUGUAUGUUUGAUAGGGUUGGGCAUCGUUUGAAUUUGAGUGAUUCCGGUUCCAAUUCCGGUUCCUUAGUUCGAUUCCAUUUCCAAACCACUCUCAAUUCCGAUUCUUUUAGGAGGCUGGGUCAAAAACGUUUGCAUGGUUUAAAUAAAGGGUGUCCAAAUUAUGAACUUCCAUAUUCUUAGCAGCCCGCUGCAUAGACUUAAAAUUAAUAUUUGACUCGAGGUUCUUUAUAACCAGUAUCAAUAUCAAACCUAUGAACUGAAAGGCAAUGUGUGUCGAACUAACCCAAUUGACUUGAUAUUCAUUAAUUAAUGUUUCAGCUAAAAGUUAAAUAUAUCAUUGUUAAAAUAUUUAUUUUAACAAUGCUAUGUAGCUGCCACUGUAUUCUGUUUCAAGACAAAUGGUUUAUAUGUGCAAGUUUUAACUUGACUUCUUGUUUUAAGUUUGUAGCCUUUCGUUUUGAAGGGUAUCCACCGGAACUCAGCAUUUUGGCACAAAAACUGACUUCACACGGGCCAGGGGAUUUUUUUAUUUUUAAAUGUAUUUAAUUAUUUAUUUUUUAUGGAUGGAACCGAAUUCCUGAUUCCUUUCCUGACCCACCGAUUAGGCACAAGGUUAGUGUUUGUGAUACUGUGAGACAACGUUUAUGUGAAUUUUGUCCCAAUUCAUUGUGGCGUAAAGUUGUUACGGUGAAGUUUUAACCCAAUGUUGAGCUUUUUUUUUUUUUUUUGUCGUCAUCGGUUUGAAGACUAAAAUAAAUCUCGAUUUGCGAUGCCCAACCCUAAUGUUUGAACAAUCUCAAAGUGGUCCAUGUGCUGAAUAUAAAUAAUUGUUAAUUGCAAACCUGUUCAUUGUCAUUUCAUUUAAAUGUUCUUCUACACACUAGACCAAAAUAUUCCUCCUGAUUUAUUGUUACUUUGCAUCUUUAGUGUGGACUUCCAAUAAUGUCUUGUUUUCAGAAAAAAACCUUAAGAAAAUUGACACAUUAAAGGCUGUGUCGAACAAAGCUACCUCUAUUGUGCCAAAACGUAAUACUCAUUCAAGGUUUCUGAAAGGUAAAUCUGCAAUCCUUAGUUCCAUGUAAUUCCAAGUCCAUUUUAUUUAUUCCCUUUCAGCCAAUAAUCAUUCAUAAAUUAUUGCUAUUGGACCUUAGAAGGCAUCACAGAACAUAAAACUGGACAUCAGGGCACAAAAAAAAGGGGGAAAAAAUGCAGUUAGAUGAUGCGUCAACCUGUGCCUGCCUUUCCCUGUUUUUUUUUUUAAACUAUUACUCGCCUAUGUUAAGUAUUAAUUACUUAAACUAAAUGAGCAACCAUGUUUUACUUUGGUGCUUUGGGUUUCUUAAUCAGCAGGAUAGUUCCCAUUUGCACUGCAUGUUAAUGUUUAAUUGAAGUGUAAAAGUACUGUCAAAAUGUAUGUUUGAUCAAAUAA